AUUGUCAAAUGUCAAAUAUCAUCCCUUCAAAAUAUUUACGUACCAGAUCCAAAUAACUCAAAUUUGAUAUUUUUUUACUAGAAUUUUGUCUUAAACUCGUAAAUAAAGAUAUAAAUACACUUGUUUAUAGUUUAAAGAUUGUUUACAUCGUGUUAAAAGUAUAUAAUUGCUAACGAUAAAGUAGAUAUGUGUUUUUAUUAAAAAUGUAUGGAUUGUUUAUAAUUGUUUGUUCAUUAUCGUUAAUCAAAGCAGAAAGUUUCACUUUCAAAGCGGAGAUAAUUCCAUCUAACUCAUCUUGUACGCCUCUUAAAGAGAAAUUUGCAAAUUCUUCUGCUCAAUUUAAUUUAUGUGCAAUAAGGCAUUCGAGGCCUAUUAGAAUGUGUGAAAAAUGUCAUAAUGAGUAUUUAGAUGUACAGAAUAGUUAUAAAAAUUUGUCCGAGGUAUUUGAUAAUGGUACUUCUUGUUUAGAAAAGUACAUCAAUUUCGAUAGGUUACAAAUUGUCUCAUUGUUGUAUCAAAAUAAUGUGAAUUUGUGGAAUAAUGCUAAAUGUGAAGAAUGUUAUGAUAAGAAAAAUGGUAAUAUGACUAUAGCAGACGAAUUUGGGGAAUAUUUCAAUAAUUUUAUAAAUUGUGUUAAUAAAACAAAAGAUGAUCUUUGUUCUGUAUGUAUGAAAUAUUAUGUUCAAUUGGACCACUAUUUUAGAAGUGUUAGUGACGUGAAUGACAAAAUUGGUGUAUGUAUGGACAUAGUAGAUGUGAUGAAUACCACAUGGACUUUUUGGAGUGUUAAUUGUUGUAAUUAUAGAAGACACGAUGAAUUUAUUUUUAUUGGGUCUACCAUAGCGGUUUUACUAAUCACAGUGUCCUUUUAUGUCAUUCUACAAUUUUGUAAAGAAAAAAAUGCUCCAACAAUUAUACAACAAUCGAGGUUUUUCGAAUCGUUAAAUCAAUAAAACUUGAAAAUUCGUCAGUGAUGAGACUGAAUAUUCUAUUUUACAUGAAAUUAUCUUAUAUUAUUUAACUUUUUUUCCAGUGUAGAAAAUAUAUAAUACAUUUUAUUUAAAAUCUAUAUUUUUUAUAUAUUAACAAAGAAGAAUCUUAUAAAAAAUAAAAUAUUUUAU